AGUAACACAUACUCUUUUUUUUUUUCACCCUCUCUUAAUUUAGGCAAAGGAGGUAAAAAUAGGCGAAGAGGUAAGAAUGAGAAUGAAUCAGAAAAAAGAGAACUUGUGUUCAAGGAAGAUGGGCAAGAAUACGCCCAGGUGAUCAAGAUGUUAGGCAAUGGAAGACUGGAGGCAUUAUGUUUUGAUGGUGUGAAGAGGUUAUGUCAUAUUAGAGGGAAGCUAAGAAAAAAGGUUUGGAUAAAUACGUCUGAUAUUAUAUUGGUUGGCUUAAGAGACUACCAGGAUAACAAGGCUGAUGUUAUUCUAAAGUACAAUGCAGAUGAAGCCAGAAGUCUGAAAGCAUAUGGGGAGCUUCCAGAACAUGCUAAAAUCAAUGAAACAGACACAUUUGGUCCUGGAGAUGAUGAUGAAAUCCAGUUUGAUGAUAUUGGAGAUGAUGAUGAAGAUAUUGAUGAUAUCUAAUUUGGAAUAGAGGUUUACAUUCCGACUUUUUUUCCUCCAAGGAUUGUUCUACGUUGAUAUUUCGAUUAUUUUUUGGGUGAAGUCCCUUUCUUUUAAGAAGACUGAAAAUUCUUGGUAAAGAGUGUAGUUUGUUACAUCAAAAGGAUUUAUUUUCAAUGUUUGUUUUAAAGUAUUUAUAUUUCUUUCGAAAUGGAUAAUGCUGGAUUAUCACAAAGGUUCAAUGAAAUGCCACAAAUAUUUUGUCUCUUCACCAAUUAGACCUUUUACCUCUGGAUGUAAGUGAGAUACAGUGACGUGGGCUGUAAAAGACUGCAUUCUCAUCACUACAAUUCCAGUUAAACUUGUAUUUUGAAAUAAAAAUUGUUUACCCUGUAAUUAUCAUGGAUUUUGAUUAAAUACAAAUACCCAGUUCAGAUUAGUACCAAAUCAUACUAUGCAGUGUCUGUCCUUAUACCCCUUGCCUUGAUGUUAACUUUAAAAAGAUUUUGAUAAUAUGAAAGGAAGGCAGAAAUCUGCAUUUCCGUUCAUAAUGCCUGAUGACUCUGCUUUUCAUGUCUAGUAGCAUGCUGCUAUUUUUAUACUGAUUUUGAUAAUGAAAGACACUCAUUAUUUCAAAGAUGUAGAUUUGCCACAGUGGAGGGGUAGGGGAUAAGUAAAGAUAAAAAGUAAGCAGCAUCUCAAAUUUGCAGUUGUUGAAAACUGUCUCGGAUGCCCAGCUCUCCCGUGCGGUCAGCGCGGGAUCACGCUGUAGGUGCAGAAGCUGAACGCUGGGUGGCACCCGACUCACCAGGGGUACCCCGACAGGGAGCGUUGCCCGUUGGGUUUGUACUGAAAAAUACGUGAAAUAGUUUUUCCCCAAAGUGAAUGCUUAACAUUCUGGGUAUGUUAAACAGUAGAAUAUUUUUACAUUAUAGAAAGGGUUAUGUUAAAGAGUAGAGUUUUAUUUUAAUCUUAAAUUCCGUACAUUGUAAGGUACAACAUUAAAGCUUAUGUGAACUUUGAGUAACGAUAUAAAUGAGAAAAUAAAUUUGUGUCAGACGUAGGAAAAGAAUCUCUUCAUCCAGAGUAAAUCACUGGAACAAACUAAUGGAAAGAUUCUUCUCCACCUUCAGACUGGAGGAGUCAGUUAAGAAGCUGAAUAAAGACUAACAUCAUCAUGCAAAUAUUAUUUUGUGGUAGCCUUAGUUUCUUUGUCUUCAAUUAUGUAUUUAACAACUCUGAAAGCAGGUUAAUGGAAAAACUUCCUUUUGUGCCAUAAAAAUCUGAUUCUUGACACUUGUAUUCGUUAUACAGUCUUUUUGGUAUGAUGUAAAGUGACUACCCCAAUAGAUAAAAACAAAAUGGCUUUAAAUAC